AUCACGCUUCAGACUGCUCGAUUUUUUUGACAGCGAGAACUGUCAAACGCAAAUGACAUUUCUCGUUGUCAAACCAUUCAAGCAGUUUAUUUUGCUUUCUUCUUGAAAGAAAAGUGUCAGGGACAAAUCUUCCGCCGGAACCGUAUCCGGCGCUUGUGACGGGUUUUAGUUCCAGGGACUUCAGACGCACGGUCGGCUGGAGGUACUCAAAAUCAAGUUCAAGUUGAUUUUGAGUGGAUUUUUCACUCAAACGACAGUUCAAAAGCUGAACUGUCGUUUGAGUAGUUAGGGAUUAAAAUGUCAAGUUGGUGCUUGCAGUUUGCACUGAGCAGUGAACUUUUCUUCAAAGUGGAGAUUGCUGCAACCCUUGCCAGCUGCGACCUCUAGUGUGAGCAGCUCGAUUACGCCAGGCAGUGCACCGACCACUGUUGCGCUCCGAUUCAAAUGUUACAGCCAAGGGUCUGCCAACAUCGUUUGGCAACAUCUCUUCAUCAUCGAAGAUGCCAACGGCCGGUAACACCAUGUCGACGCAGUCCUCGCCAGGUCCAACCACGAUGAGCCUCCAAUGCCAACAUCACCGCUUCAAGCGUUCACGGCAACAGCCAAGCUAUCGCCAACAGCUGCAGUACAAGAUCAACAACAACCUUCAGGCGCAUCCAUACCCGCUGUUUAACGGCGUGGCACCCAGAAUCAUCACCAUGGUCACCGUGUUACCGGUGUGGUUGGUGGAGGGCAGAACAACCACUACCAGCCAUCGCAAGUCCGAGACGCGGACGAAGGAGGUCGGGGUCACGAACACGGACCCGACGGAUCACAUGGCGUUGCUGGAGCAUUUUUGGUCGACGAACGAACCGCUGCAGGGGGAUGCCUCGAAGGAAUCAGGUUACCGAGGAAAUGCAGAAUCAUCGCCAACCAGCUCCAAAGCAUCGCAUCGCAGUUCGCAUACCAGUCUGCAGCAGCAGCAGCAACAACAAUAACAGCAGUCUUCUCUCGCAUCCAAUGGGGGAGUUAACAGCCUAGCGGGCUCGUCGUAUGCAACACCUCGUCCCAGAUUCGAUCAAUUAGAUAAAACAACUCUGAAGACUAUGAUAGUAUGAUGAACUCGCACAAUCAUCACCACCGAAGAUGGGAAGUUCGCGGCGCCACCACCGUCAAUGUUCGACGCGUUGGCAUCUCGAAAUCAGCUUUGGUCCUGAUCUGCUUCAGUCGUCCUACCAAAGUCACAUGCGGAACAUGCUGAAGUGGCCGCGGGAGACAAUUUGAUUGACCCUGGCGAUUCCACCAUCGCAGAACCAUCAAUUGGCAGCGUCGAGAAGCAAGCUCGGGUUAUCAGCUGGGUGAUGAAAAGUGGGGUCGAAAAGCCGCACCGUUUUCAAUUGUCUAUUUUUCUAUUCGCAAGAAGAUGCAAAGCUUAGUAUUGUUAUCGAUCAUUCCAAAAACAGUGAUUAAAAUAUUCAAUUUUUUCCGUUUUUUUCUUGCAAGGAUGCACGCAGAAAAAUAUUUUGUAGAAUCAGCCUGUACGAGGUUUGAUUCAACAAAAAUUUUGUUGAAUAUAAUCAACGCCGAUUUUGCGUUGAAACAAACCUUGAUUUUCUUAAUUCCACAAAAGUCUUUUGUUGUUUUUAAAAAGUUGCUUUGACGUUUAGCGUUGAUUCAACAAAAAUAUUGAUUUUCAAAUCAACAAAAUGUUUUGUUGAUUCAAAUAUGCCUCAUUUUUCUGCGUGUGCAAAAAGUCGGUGUAGAGAAAACUUUUGUUUGACCCGGAGAUAAAGAAGAAGAAUUUGAGAGAUUUUGACAUUUGUAAUCCCGCAUCUGACACGCCGCCUAUUUUGCCAGUCAUUUCCAGCGACCGAGUCUACUAAGGAACUGACCGUACAAAGUUUAGAAUAUUCAAAAAUUCUUAUAAUAAAAAAUCAAAUUUAAAAAAUCAUAAAUUUAGUAAUUUAAAAUUCAAAAAUAAAAAAGAAUCGAAAAUUCCAAAUUUGAAAAUCAA